GCUACAGUGGCUGCCUGGCAGUGGAGCACCUGGAUGCUCUGCUCUCAUUGCCAAGCGCAGCGUCGCACCGAUGGGCCAUUGCUGGCAGGAGCGAGGAGAAGCUGCAGAAGAUGGCCGCGCGAUGUCAAACCCGUCCCAAGGUCAUUGUUGCAAACACCAGAGCUGAGAUUGAGGAGAUGGUCGAGGAAGCCGUGGUCGUCUUGGCAUUGGCAGGCCCCUACUUGGCGUGUGGAGAGCAAGUGCUUCGGGCUUGUGUGGAAAAAGGCACACACUAUAUCGACAUCACCGGAGAGGUCAAUUUCUCCCAUUUCGUCAUCCAGAAGUAUCACCAAGCCGCGAAGGAGAAAGGCAUCAUGAUCGUUCAGUUUGCCGGCGCGAUGUCGGUUCCUGAUGACCUCGCGGCCUACCUCCUCGCCAGGAAGCUGGGCCCCCUGAAGCAGCUGCGCGUCUACACGUGGGGCUUCGGCUUGAGGGGCGGCGGCUCCUUUCAGACUGGGAUGGAGGUGGUGGAGAGGAUGCUGCCCGAGUCGAUGGCAGUUUACCAUAACCCUUUUAGCCUCGGCGGUGAGCGGCAAAAAGCGGGACGAUCGGAGGACAAUGACUGCCGUGCAGCAGAGGCUGAUCCACUCUUCCCUUCGACCUGGGUAAUGCCAGCAUACGGAUCUCACACGACUUCAAGGGUGCUCCGAAGAAGCUGUGGCCUCUUUGAUGAGUGGCAGGAUGCGCCAUGUUACGGCCACGACCUGUUGGUGGUGGUGAGGGACUUGGCCUUGGACAAGAAGGAUGCCGACUACGCGGUUUGGGCGAAUCCUGUUCCGGCUGACAUCAAGGAUACUAUGAAGCAGUCCCGGACAAUGGAGGAAAUGCGCAACAAGUCCAUGGCACCACAUCCUGGGCUGGGACCGCCACAGGAGGCUCGUGCUCUGGGCUUCAUGGAGAGCUACGUUGUCGCAGAAGCCGAGUCCGGAGACUGGUCCCACGUACACUUUCUGGGUGGCGAUGGAUUUGAGGUGACUGCAAUCACCUGCACAUGUGCAGCACUUGUUAUCCUCGAGGACUUUGAGUCCCUGUCGCCUGACGCCCGCGGAGUGCUCACCCCAGCGGCGGCGUUCCACGGGAGCAGUUUGCAGCAGCGGCUGGAGGCCCAUGCCUUUGCGGCUGGAGCUGGACCAAAGAUGUCGUUUGAGGUCGCGGAAGGAAAGCCUGCAGAAGAGAAGAUUGUCACCGCCUUGACGACGGCAGCCAAGCGCCGGCAAAAGGCAGUCCAGCUGCUGGAGACCGGCAGCCUGCAGGCAUGGGAUGUUCCGUCCAUGAUCAAGUGA